AUGGGCUCCUACAAAUCCUGCCAGGCCUCCGGUGGCGGCGGCAGCUCCAGCUCAACGGAAACCAACACAUCAGAUCAUUCCAAGUCAACAGCACCCACCAUCGUCAGCAACACGGCCAAACAACAAGAUAACGAUUGGCCCGACUUUGACUCGAACCAAAUCCAAGUCGAGAUCGAAGAUGACUCGGACGAAGAUCCCUUCAUCCCCACCCACUCUAUCAACACCGACAAGGACCAUGAAGCAGACCCUCACACCUCAUCAACAACCUACGCCUCAACAACCCGCUCCGAGCACGCCCGCAAAGUAGAAGAAGAAGAGGAGGAACAGUACAACUACUCAGUCAACGACCGCGAAGAAUCAUUCCCAACCGACGCCCUCGCCUCAACACCCAGCUCCUUCGCAGGUCUCUUCCCCUCCACCCGCCGCCUGCUAAUCCGACACGACGACGCCACAAUCGACGGAAACAUGAAUCUCCGCGUCGACACCCUCGUCCCCUGCCGCGCGGGCUACCAGCAAGACGUGAUACUAUUCCAUCUGCGGAUGUACGACCUCUUCUCGCGCAAAUUCUCUUUCCGUCGGUACUGCCGAGACUCGGGGCGGGAGGUAUGUCACUCUUCACGGAAAGAAGCCUCAAGCCCGGAUCGGAGACGGAAGUCGUGGAGUAGUGUGCUUGCGAGUUUGAGGCCUGGUUCGUCGGCGCAGCAUUCGCAUGAUCUGAGGAUUAAACGGCAGGACUCGGGGUAUGAGGCUGCUCCACCUCCCAGUCGCUCACACUGUCACUCCUCACCAUGUUAUUCAAGACCUGGGGAAGAGGAAGAGGGAGAGGAAGAGGAAGAGAGACACCCACUGACCGAAACAAUCCUCCUCGAAUUCUCCAACUACGCGCAUGUCGAGCUAAGACGUAAAGGCACCGGCACAACUAAAUAUGAAUACGAGUACUGGUCGACGAAAUAUCAGUGGCGAAGGGAGACGCGGCGAGAAGGAGAUUUGCGCGAAGUCUCGUUUUACCUCGUUGAUAUGCGCUCUUCCAAAACGGUUGCGCACCUUGUGCCGGAGAUACUCACGCCGCUGGAGGCGGUUGAGGAGGAGAGUAAGGGUGGUUGGGUGCCGCCUUGCUCGCUUUGGAUUAGUGAGAUGAGUGUUUAUGAGAAGAUGCCCGAUGUUGCUGAUGUAAUCGUCGCAACAGGCCUAGUAGCCCUAGUAGACGACUGCAUCCGCCGUCGCUGGCACUCACGCCGAACACCCUGGUCCCAUCCCACGCGCACACUGACCCGUAGGCUUGAGCGUAUGGGACCGCGGUUGAUCGGCGCGCUUCAGAGGAGGGGGUCUGCUUAG